AGGGGGCGAACAGCCCCCCGCAGGGGGACCGGAGCCCCGCGAUCACGUGGCCGGGGAGUGAUGUCACGCCCCCCGCCCUAUCCGCGUGGAGCCGCUGAGUGUCCCGGGGCGCGCGGCGGCGCUGCUCCGCCCUUCGCAGCGGCGGCGGUGGCGACCGGAGCGGGACGCGGCUGCUGCGUGGGAUAUUGAAGAAGGAUAAAAAAAAACUCCUCAAAGAUUUUGAAGAUUGAAUGUAAUCAGGAUGAAGAGCUUAAAAGCAAAGUUCAGGAAGAGUGACACCAAUGAGUGGAAUAAGAAUGAUGAUCGGCUACUGCAGGCGGUGGAGAAUGGUGAUCCUGAAAAAGUGGCUUCAUUGCUGGGUAAAAAGGGAGCCAGUGCCACCAAACAAGAUAGUGAGGGCAAAACUGCUUUUCACCUGGCCGCCACAAAAGGACAUGCAGAAUGCCUCAGGAUUAUGGUGACACAUGGUGCAGAUGUGACAGCCCAAGAUGGUGCAGGGCACAGUGCUUUACAUCUUGCAGUGAAGAACAACCACCUUGACUGCAUUAAAAGGUUACUUCAGUAUAAAUGUUCUGUAUACAGCACUGACAACUGUGGGAAAACAGCUUUACAUUAUGCAGCGACAUGUGGUUAUCUUCAGGCAGUUCAACUUCUCUGUGAACACAAAUGUCCAAUUAACAUCAAAGAUUUGGAUGGGAACAUACCUCUGCUGCUUGCAGUACAAAAUGGCCAUACAGAAGUCUGUAAAUACCUUCUGGAUCACGGAGCAGAUGUCAACACAAGGGAUAAAAAUGGAAGGUACAGCAGAACUGCUUUGAUGAUGGCUUGUGAAGCUGGUAGCCUUAACAUGGUGGAAGCGUUCCUUAGGAAAGGUGCAGAUGUCAGUUUAGUAGACGUCUUUGGGCAGAAUGCCCUGCAUUACUCCAAGAUCUCUGAGAAUGCAGGAAUCCAGAACCUGCUAUCAUCAAAAAUAUAUCAGGAUGUGGAUGCAAAAUCACCAACAAAAGCAAAGCAGCAUGAUCAAGGCUCUAAAUUAAGUUCAGAAAGAAGUGGAACUCCAAAAAAACGCAAAGCCCCACCUCCUCCUAUCAGUCCUAUGCAGCUUAGUGAUUUGUCCUCUCCACGCUCAUCAACUUCAACUCCUAUGACUGGAAAAGGACAGGCUUUCUUUGCUGACCAACAGGAAGACUUCAGCUCCUUGCUUCAAGAUAAUAAAGACAGACUGAGUGACAGCACAGCAGGUGCUGACAGUUUGUUGGAUGUGAGUUCUGAAACUGAACAGCAAGAUCUACUUAUGCUGAUGCAAGCAAAAAUUGCUUCUUUGACGCUACACAAUAAGGAACUACAGGACAAAUUACAGGAAAGAGCGCCUAAAGAAGUGGAUUCUACCAUAGAUUCUAAUCAUUCAACCCAAAGAGAAUUUGAUCAAACAGCAGAUAGACAAAGUGAGUUCUCAGCUCAGGAGCUGAAGUCUACCUUAAAUGCCACCCAGUCUCAGGAAAAGUUGGCAAGCCCUGGUGAAAUAAAAAUAAAGUACCUCCAGGAAGAUAUAAAGGAUGCACAGAGGAAAUUAGAGAAUUCCGAAACCAAAAGAAAGCACUUAGAAGCUCAGGUCCAGUCUAGGGUCCCAGAAGCAGAUUAUUUAAAUAACACAGACGUUUCAGAAAAUGGCUCUGAUCCUAACCUGAAAAUCCAGGAAACUCAAAACAAGUAUGAGGAAGCAGUGAAAGAGGUUUUAAAUGUACAAAGGCAAGUGAAACUGGGUCUUGUUUCCUCUGAAAGUGAAGAAGCUUGUUCUGAGCUGAGUAAGUUGAAGGUUACAUGUGAAGAAGUUGAAAUGCUUAGGCAAGAAUUGAAGAGAGCCUUGGAGGAAAGUGAAAGACAAAAAGAGAAAGUGAGAGAGCUACAGACAAAGUUUGAAGAAAGAGAGCAGAAUGUUACAAGUAAAUUGUCUGUGGAAGAAUGUGAGGAAAUAAAGAAUUCAUACUGUUCGGUUAUUGAUAACAUUAAUCAGGAGAAAGCACUGCUGAUUGAGAGGUACAAAGAAGGGCAAGAGGAAAUAAAAAGGCUACAGGACAAGCUGACAAAUCAGACAGAUUUAGAGUCUAGUGCUGAAUCUGGAGAAAUGAAAGAUGCAAUGCACAAAAUGAUAGAUGAGCUCAACAGACAACUUAGUGAAUUGUCCCAGUUGUACAAAGAAGCACAAGCAGAGCUUGAAGAUUACAGGAAGAGAAAAACUCUAGAUGAUAUAGCUGUGGACUACAUACCUAGAGAUGAACAUGAGAAGCUGAUGCAGGUAACAAAUUCUUUGAAAUACAAAGCAGAGAAUGAGUUAUUAGAAAUGAAAUCCCAGUACACAAAAGUUUUAGAUGAAGCAGAAGAACUAAAACAGCUGUUAGACACUCAGAAACAAAACUCAUUGCCAAUUGCUGAGCACCAGCAGGUGAUGAAUGCACUUAGAACUACUGUAAAGGAAAUGGAAGAAGAAAUAAAUGAGCUGAAAGAAUUACUUACCAACAGGGAAAGUGAAGUAAGAAAUCUGCAGAAGGAAUUGUUAGAAGAAAAAGCUGCAAUUAAUGAAGCAAUGGUACCCAGGGCUGCAUAUGAAAAACUCCAGUCUUCUUUAGAAGGUGAAGUUAGUAUUUUGUCAUCAAAACUGAAGGAUGUAAUCAAAGAGAAGGAAAAUGUGUCCUUAGAUGUUAUGCAACUGAGAAAUGAAGUUCUGCUUUUGAAAGAAGAGAAAGAAGGUAUGCAUAAUCUGCUUGAAGCAAAGGAACGGGAGGUGACUGGCCUCCACCAAAAGUAUCAUCAAGCUCAAGAAGAUCUUCUUGAAAUGAAAAGAUACUCUGAAAGUUCAUCAAAGCUAGAAGAGGACAAAGAUAAAAAGAUCAGUGAAAUGUCCAAGGAAGUCAGCAAAUUAAAAGAAGCUUUGAACAGCCUUUCUCAGCUUUCCUACUCAACCAGUGCCCCCAAAAGACAAAGUCAGCAGCUGGAAGCAUUACAACAACAAGUGAAACAGCUGCAAAACCAACUGACUGAAACGAAGAAACAACAUCAGGAAACUGUGUCAGUUUACAGGAUGCAUCUUCUCUAUGCCGUGCAGGGUCAAAUGGAUGAAGAUGUCCAGAAGGUGCUUAAACAAAUUUUAUCAAUGUGCAAAAGCCAAUCACAGAAAAAGUAAACAAAAAAAGCAAAUCUCCCCAUUUCUAUUAAUACUGUUGUGGGUGUUUAUCUAGAUUUGCCUUAACAUAAGAUUUAAAAUUGGCAUUUUGCUGCUUUUUUGUUGUUGUUUGUGAGGUGGAUUUGUUUGUCUGUCUCUACUACUUUCCAUGUGCAUCUGCAUUGCAGUAACUAAACACAUGCCUGCUUUUCAUAUCCAAAAUGCAAGUAUGUUCUUCAGACUUAGGCCACUCCAUGUCUUGUUUACUCUGAAAGUACUUUCUAGCUUCCUGCAAGAGAGAGGCAAGCACUCAUGUCACCUGGAUAAUGGUGAAAUUCUCCAUAAGGACUCCUGCACUGUGUAUAAGCUGCAUCUUGUUAAUGGGGAUAUUUUAAUUGCUUGAUGGUGCAGCACUUACUUAGAUUCCAGACAUUUUGCCACAUGCAGUCUUUGGCAGAGCAGAAGUGAGCCUUGCAGCAGCGAGCAGAAGUAGAUCUUUAUGGUGAGCCAGAACAUCCAACAGCUCUACUUUGUAACCUAAUUUUAUUUAAGAUUAGCACACCAUAAUGUGGCUGUCCCUACCCAUCCAAUGCACUGAGUACACAAAAAUCCUACCAUGCUUCAUAAUUUCCUUGAAUAAAUAAUUUCCUUGAACUGAAACUAUUUCAAAAGGUAAAAUAACUAGUUUAUUAAAGUUUUCUGUACAAACAACUACUUAUAAUAGGUUUAGCUAUCUAUGCAAGUGUUGGCCAUGAAGCUCAGGAACAAAACCAGAACAUAUUACUUUAGACAAGGGAUUCUAGUGAACACAGGAUGUUUACAGUGAAUGUCAAUGCCUCAUACUUCCUAACCUCACUUUUGUAAAGAUCUUCUCUUCAGUCUAUUUUUAUUGGCCCUCUAAUUAAUUUUUUUGUAACUAAACCAUUUUUUCUACAUAAUAUUUGCAUUAAGCUUAUUAACAAAUAUUUUUAGAUAAUCGUGUAUUAGAAUUCCUUUUUAUACCCCCAAGUAUUCAGUAAUAGUGAAGCAUAGAGAAGUGUUCCCAGUUUGAACAAGAUCGGUACAGAAUAAUAGACCUGUCUGUCAGCGUGGUCCAGAGCAGUGAGGUGUAAAAUGCAAUUCAGCCUGAUGUGUCAACAAGUGUAGAAAUGGUAGGUAGAGAACUCCAGAGGAAAUCAAAAAUCCCUGUAUGUUGUUUCUAGAGGCCAGGGGCAUCAAGAAAGCUUUUGUCAGCACUUUCAGAUUUAGAAAUCAAAUAAAAAUAUCCGUUGUGGUUUAGUAUGAAGUUGUGGAAAACAUUUUCUAAGCAUACACUGCACUUGAGGGUAUAACCAUUCAACUUAUCUUGCAGCUUCACUGUGGUAUUUGUUUUCUCCCUGCUAGUGGAUACAUCUCUAUUAGAGAAAUCUCCAGAGCUGUAUGACCUGUGAAGUUAAUAUAGAGUCAUAAUAUGACAAGACCCAGCAGUGCCAGAGGGUGGCUGGACUCGUUGUGCACUUAUAUCAGAUAAUUCCUAACCCCGGCAAAACUAAAUUGGAUUUUUAAAACGAAUCAACAAACAAAACACACCUCUGCAUCAGUUAGACCUUGGUGUUACUUUUCUUGGGUGGUUUAACUAGUGCCUGCUUAUUUUGGACAGUAUUUUCUAGUUAGGUGGUUUUGAAAAUGCUCCAAAGAAAUGUGAAGAAAAUUUUGCUGCAGCACUUCAGAAUGAAGAACAAAAUUUUAAGCAUGCUACUGCUGCAAAGUAUAAAACUUGGUGAACCAUUUUGUAGGUUGCCUGAUGGAUUUAGUCUUCUACCUUGUUUUGGUUCGUAUAUUUAUUACAAUUAUCUUUGUGGAAUAUUGAAAAUUAUACACUACAGCAUAGCAAGUUUCUUUAUAUGUAAUUUACAAGAACUUUCCUUAUGCAGCAAAUAAACUAUUUCCAAUUUUUUCA